CCCAGCUCUCUGUGCCAGAGUGGUGAUGCCCCAUGGCACCACAGAAACCCCAGGGAGGACCUGGCCCAGGCUGAGCCACCAGCCUGCCCAGCAGAAGAGAGGGCAGAGCAGCAUGGGGAACUCCUGCAGCGACUAAACUCUCGGCAGAGUCUGAAGUAACCACUGCAACAGGUACCUGGCAGAGGGGCUUCCCCACUGAGGGCUGUGAGCAUCCCACCACAAGCACCAUGGGCACCCCAGCACCCCAUGUUGCAGCCCAGCACCAUGCUCAGUAGGGACAGAGGCCAGGCUGGACUCACCUGGUGCCUCUCCACAAGGCAAUACACCUGCAGGCAGGUGAGGAGAGUGGGGAGGGAGCCACGUGACGAGCCCAAGGUGGGUUUUUAUGGGCAGCUGCGUGUCCCUGGAGGAGUGUCUCCCACACCUUACAGGAGGCAGGACCACAGCAGCACCUCUCCUGCUCCCCCUCGCCCACAGCCAUGGGAAAAGGCACCACACCAGAGCCCAACAGUUCAGAAGAGGAGCUGGAAGCAGGGCUUGCACCCCAGCUGUGCUAUGGGCAGGGGCUGUGGGUCCCCCAGGGCAGGGAAGCAGUCAGCUGCCUGGGGGAUCCAGAAGGGAUGAAGGUGAGGAAGAGGAGCAGGCCGGUGCGCUCCAAGGCCAGGAGGAUGGCAGCCAACGUCAGAGAGCGCAAGAGGAUCCUGGACUACAACCAAGCAUUCAACGCCCUGCGCCUGGCCCUCAAACACGACCUCGGUGGCAAAAGGCUUUCUAAAAUCGCUACCCUGCGGCGAGCCAUCAACAGGAUCUCGGCUCUGUCCCUGUCCCUGCACCGCUGCUGGCCCUGUGCCCACUCCGAGUGCCGCGGCCGGGCCGGGGUCCAUGCGCAGGAGCUGGGAGGGAAGGCCAACCACCCCCAGCUGCCCUGGGAGCCUGGUCCUGCAGGCGCUGCCAGCUUGCAGCGCUGCUCCCCGUCCCCUCUCCACGCCGGGUUUGCUCCCGAGAGGCAGCUCCAUCGUUACGGCAGCCCGAAGGAGGAUGGCUCCGUGCCCAGCCCCGUCUAUUGCUCCGGCGGAACCCAGCACCCCGGGCUCCGAGGCGCCUGCCAGCAGAGAUACACGGGCAGCCUGCAAGACCCCCUGGCUGACGCGGUCCCCUGGCAGCUGGGCUAUUGCCAGGGCUGGGGACAGCAGCAGUGCCUCCCCAUCCACUGAGCUGCGGGGCUGGGAUGGCCGCACGG